UCGACUAAAACAGUUGCAUGAUCGACGCUGCUGCUGGAGUGUUGCUGAUCAAAUAUUAGCUGUCUUCAUUCAGGAAAGUUGGGGUCAGGCAAACUUAACCAGCAUGCUGGCACCGCAGGCAGAUCGUGUCAUGGAUCUCGGAGAAUGGGAGGAACGCUGGCAGGAGGAAAGAAUUGGUUUCCAUCAGCUUCAUGUACACAAGAUGCUUGAGAACAACAUUGAUAAAGUUCUUGCUGGACGCACAGGAGUUCGUUUCUUUUUCCCUCUCUGUGGAAAAGCUGUAGACAUGAAGUGGCUAGCAGACAUGGGCCAUUCAGUGGUUGGGGUGGAGAUAAGCGAGAAGGCUAUCAAACAGUUCUUUGAGGAGAACAACAUGACCUACAGCGAGGAGCCUGUCCCUGCACUACCUGGAGCAAAGGUUUACAAGAGCUCAGAGAGAAAUAUCUCCCUAUAUCAAUGUGACCUGUUCAACUUCUCCAGUGCCAUUGAGGAUCAGUUUGGGGCAAUUUGGGACAGAGGAUCUCUUGUGGCCAUUAACCCAAGAGACAGAGAAAAGUAUGCUGCUCUCAUCACUUCUCUGAUGGCUAAAGACUGCAAAUACCUUUUGGACACGUUGUUGUACAAUCCUGACUUAUACAAAGGUCCUCCCUUUUUCGUGCCCGAUGAGCAAGUCAAGAGCCUGUUUGGCAAAAGCUUUGAUAUAGAGCUGCUGCAGUCGAAGGACGCCCUGACAGACAGGCAGCGAGCCUGGGGGCUGGACUACCUGACUGAAAAUGUACACCUCAUCACUCCAAGAGCAUUUAAAAACUAACUUGCAAGUUUAGAGAGCUUAGAGAAGCAGAUCCUCGACAUUUACUGCAAACACAUCAUGUAUGAGGCAAUUUUUUAAUGCUUAGACAUCUUUUUUGAUAAAGUUGCAUUUUGGGGGUUAAUUAAGGUCUGUUGAAAUAAAAUUAACCAUUUUAAAACUCAUGAUUUUUCAUAAAGCCUCUAAGAACUGUAACAUAUGAAGUUUUAAAUGCGUGACCAAAUAAAAUCUAUUUUGUAACAA